GUCAGUCGACAUCUUGCGCCACUGCAUCAUCAGCGCUGACGUGGAGACUACGUGAGCAGCAGCCGUCCACCCACCUCACUAGUGACGAGUCACACUACGUAAAAGUUCGGUGGCUGAUGAUGGAGGCCUCGGUGUCGACUCCAGCUGAUCAUUUGUACGACUCCAUGUCAGACAGAGAAGAGCAACUCAGUGAAGAGGCUGCCUCUCCACAGGUCUCAACUGAAGCAAAUCCAGGUGAUGACAACUCGGACACAGAAGCGCAGAAGAGACGCGAGAUCCUAUCUCGACGUCCGUCUUACCGGAAGAUUCUCAGCGACCUGGACCUGACGGCGAUCGCAAAAGUGGGAGCGAAAGCGGAGGAGGUGGAGGUGGGGGAAGGUGAGGUGGUGACCAUAACCAGCGAGGCCUCGUCAUUGCCUGCGUCCGUCUUCCAGACAAGAUCGGGACAAUACAUCGCCUUCACGCAGGGCCGAGCCAUCCAGCUGUGCAGCCCUGGGACGGAGGCCCCGCAAGGGGGCCAGUCCCUGACUGUGAGCAGCUCGGCCACCCCGCAGCCCGGUGCCACCAUCCUGCAGUGCGCCACACAGCACGGAGACACGCCACAACAGUUCUACCUGCAGGGAGGACAAGUGCUCAUCCAAGCCGCCACCGGAGACAUUCCCGCCUACCAGCUGAGGUCGCCCAACUCUGGUCUGGCCCAGAGCAUCGUGAUGGCCGCCUCGCCGGGCGCCACGCAGAGCCCGUCGUCGCAGCACGCCGAAGAGGUCACACGCAAGAGGGAAGUCCGGCUGCUGAAGAACAGGGAGGCAGCGCGCGAAUGCCGCAGGAAAAAGAAGGAGUACGUCAAGUGUCUGGAGAACCGCGUGGCGGUGCUGGAGAACCAAAACAAGACGCUGAUCGAGGAGCUGAAGGCUCUGAAGGACAUUUACUGCCACAAGGCCGAGUAGAAGAGAAAGACUCUGUUGGAGAGGUGUGCGUGCGUCUCUGCUCACUCAGGCCCGGUUCUGACCCACAAACCAAUCGCUCGCCAGCUCCACUCUUGUGCUUCUCACUCAUGCGAAGGCCCUGCCCCCGAGUCAGCUGACCAGGAGGACAGGAAGAGGAAGUGGCCUGCUUCCUGAAUGCCCGCCGCUGCGACCAUGACACGUCAGGGCGGUUCAGAGCCACCAGCCAGUUCCUCCGAGGUCACAGAUCCACCAGCAGCUGUUCACAACGUUUGCAUUCCGACAUGGUGAAAUUAGGUCAAGAUUGUCUCCUCGCGGCGUCCAGGGGAGAAUCUAUCGUUUUAUUUCUGUCUUUCAAUUGAAAUUUUAUUUCUGAGAUCAAACUAUUGAAUUGUUUUGUACUUUUAAUUCAAAAUCCUCGACAAGAAGUCACUCAUGUGGUGUGAAGCAUUCCUGAGAGUGGGACACGGAGGCCCUCUGACACCGCCCCCAGGUCCACGAACCAGCGGCUGAGGAGACACUCUUGUGAUGUCACGAACUGUUCGACUAGCUGAAGGAGCACACCUGAGCACAAGCACAAACACCAUCCGGUCCCCAACUCUGCUGCAAACGUUUCUGUUCGACUUAAUGUCACUUUAAUUGGUAGUUCCCAGAUCUGUCAUCUGGAAGAUCAUGACACUUUUUCCCCAGCGACGCCAGCAAAGUUACAAAAGCAGGUUUCAGAUUCCUCUUGCUUCUUUUGCUUCGUUUCCUCCUCCAAGUUUAUUUCCAGCCUCUAGGUCAGUAGUGAGCUUUCUCCCCGCAUAGAACAUCUUUGGCUGCAUUGCUCUGAUAUUUAAUUACAGAUUUUGUUUGUGAGAGUGUAUGAGUGAGAGCAGAGGAGUGUUUCAGUUUCUUUAAAGUGGUCUGUGAUCGUUCUUCAGUGACCCUUGUGUCGUCUUUUGUUUGGAUUGUAAAACCAAAAUGUUGUUUUGUUUAUCUAAUAAAACAUUUACAUGAACCU